UAAUAUGUAGCUGCUCUCACUUUUGAAUGACAAAUUAAAAAAAACAAGAUAGAUUUUAUUUGGACUUUCACUCAUAACUCCAAAAAUAGUACAUUUACAAUUAAGUUUCGACUAAAACUGUCAUUCUUUGAGGCGAUAAAACAGAUGUGUCACUUCCUGACCCCUCCAUCGCUUGUUUUGUCUGUCCAGCAGUGCAUGAUGUUUCUGUAAAGCUCUGCCAGCAUGUGCCAUAUUUGACUUGUCUGUCCUGCACGUGCUGCAUGUUGUACUGACGCUGGCAUGCUUUCAGUAUAUUAGGAGAAUGAAUGUACAGUAUAUAUUACUUUGUCCUCAUCACAUUCAAAACACAAACUAGAUGUACAAAUAUAAGGGAAAACAUGGCAAGUGCACCUUUUAAUUUGGAUCUUUUUGUACGGUUUUUGAUUAGUUAUUUCAUCCUUGGUGUUGAAAUAAAACAACUUCAAAUACUUUCCAGUGAAUUAUUAGCUAGGUCAAAAAGAAAGCUGAUAAAACACUGGAGAGUAUGGGCUAGUCCAGCAUUUUAAGAGUCAGUUAUGGCAGUCAGGUAUUUUUAGGAGCUGUUUUACGGGUGUUCAGUUUCAGGUGACUGACCUGUAAACCUACUUACUGAUAUUCUUAACAAAUGCAGUGGUGAUUUAGGUUUAGGAAGCAUGUCACCAUCCUUCUCUCUCUUUUUCUGCCUCUUUUUUCAAGAUGCAUCAGAAGGCAAAACUCGGAUAAGACAGAGAAAGAGACACAAGAUGCAAAGAAAUUAACCUUCACUGUGACACUACCAGCUUCUAUCUUGGCUGCUGUUUAAGUUUUCCAAACAAAAAGGGCUGUUUUGGUGCCACCUGGUGCACAAAAUAAGCAUGCAUUAUGAAUAGUUGAACAGGAUUUUAUCAGUGUGUCUUCAACUGUCAGCUGAUCUAUUAGUCAGCAUGAGAUUCCUCACAGGAUCAGCUUUGAGAAAACAUGUUGCUCCUACUUAAUGUUUUUGCUUUGACAGCUGAUGAAUUCACACUUGCAUCCAAAAUGAGGGACAUUGAAUUAUUCCGAAAUGUAGUUUCACAUUCAGCCCCACUGAUCCAUCACUGUCACCAGUUAUUUCCUUCAGGAUAUUACAAUGAAAUUAACUUUUCAGCAACUGGUGGUGUCUUCUGACUAUGUCCAGGAGUGUAGAAAUCCUCAUACUAACCCGUCCCCCAGGACCGGUUGCCAAAACUGGGCCAUCCCAGGCUUCAGCUGGGUGGCAAACAAAGAGUGUCUGCAGGGGGCACCUCGACUGUUCUCAGCCAGCGACGGUGUGUGUGGUCACUGCUCCAGCGCAGAGAAGGACGCAGAGGAAAUUGAGCAGCCUGAGGAGGACGGUGCAGGCCAGCAGUCAGAGAGCGAUGCCUUGCCACGUCGGUUUCGCCAUCAGAGAGGUGAAACUCGAGAGGGCAGGAAAUUUCAGCAACACAGAGCUCUUAAUGCGGGUUCCAGUCUCCAUGGAGACCCUGUCCACAAUAUAAAGGUCUCCUCCAUCACAGGGCAUCUGAAGCCUUCUUUGCUCACAGAGAAGACCCCUCCUCAGGAAUCAUUCAUCUCCCAAGUGCCAUUAAGAUUACAGAUCAAAGUGUCUGGCCAGAGGGGUAGUUUGGGGAUCAGCAUCGCCGGUGGGAAGGGCUCUCUGCCUUACAAAGACCAUGAUGAGGGCAUUUUUAUUUCCAGAGUAACUAAAGGGGGGCCCUCAGAAAAGGCAGGAGUCCAUGUUGGAGACAGAUUGCUGGAGGUCAACGGCCUCAACAUGCAGGGGGUGACCCACCUCGAGGCGGUCAGCGCCCUCAGGAAUGCUGGGAGCUGCAUCAAGAUGAAAGUCCUCAGGGAGAGGUUGCUUCCCAGAGAGGUCAGUGUUCCCAACGAACCUCAGGAUCCUUCAGACGUAACGAGCCGACAACCGUGCAGCCAGGACGGCGGAGGCCAGAGGAGCAAACAGCUGAAGACGGAGAGCACAGAAGACUGUUUGUCCAAGAAGAUUGAGGCAGUUGUCUGCAACGGCAAUGGCAUUUCUGAUUUGGAGAAUGACCUGAAUCGGACCUUGUCUGAGCUGGAAGUGGAGGCCUUGACGAAAAAUGACUCACUUCAAGUGGGCAAACAUACAAUGACAAUCCCGCGGAUCAUCCUCACUCAUCCUUCUACCUCAGAUGAAGAUGUGGAGCUCUUGACACAGAGCCCCAGCAGAGAACUGCUACAUGAAUUUGACAUUCCUGACAGACACGCACACUCUGACUGUUUCGACAGUGCUUUCUAUCCACCUUGAACACAGCCAAGAACCUCGCACAUGACGGACACCGACUGUUAUUACCCAGCUCUUGGUUUUUUUUAGGCACUGAAGCAUUUUCAGUGACGUUACUGUAAAGGUUUAGUGUAAAACAAAGCAUUGGAAUGUGUUUUUUUUACUGUCACUGCAAAGCUUUUUUUUGUCUGUCAGAUUGAAUUGCUGCUAAUAGUAUCUGGUGAUAUUAAAGUCAUUUGCAAGGAUGGACACCUUUAAUAAUUCAGACUUUAUUUUUAUUACUAAAAACACAAAGUUUUGCCUGUGCAGCUACAAGUGCUAAGCAAGAACAGACUGUUCUCUAAUGUCACAUAUACAGUCAAUUAAACAAUGAACGCUGCUGGCUACCUCUACUUCACACCACUGUGCUGUAUGUUAAGGAUGUCCUGGUAAAUAGUGUCUCCGCCUGUGACAAUGUGAAGCCCUUAAACUUUUUAUAGUCUGUACCAAGAUAAAAUGCCACAUGGCGGCACACAGUGCUCAGCGGGGAGUCUGAGUCGUGCAGAGUUCUGAGACAGAUUGCACUCUGCUUCACAUCUCUGCACACCUUCUUUACGAGCUAAAUUAAGAUGUGUGAGAUUAUGCAGAAAUGUUUCUGUAAAGGAAAAAAGACCAGACAUCACACUGGAGGAACGUAUAACCUCGCUUCCAGAGCUAGAAUGUAUAAUUGUAGAUGUCAAUACCUGCCUUGUGUUAUUCCACAAAUUCUCACAGUAAAGGCUCGUUGUUCAGUGUUCACUUUUUCAAUAAAGUAUUGUUCCAAGAA